GGUUUAGCCACCAGAUGGUAGUAUAAACAAAGAGGAGAAUGUCCUGACAGCAGAAGGACUUGCUUAAACCAAUCACCGAAAAGAUUAACCGGAAGUCACGUCGUGCCGCAAGCUGCUGUCAACGUGCUAGCGGUAAAGGUGUCAAAUCUUUCUUCAAAGCAGCAUUGGCCAGGCAGGAUCUGAGUGCACAGACAUGUGGCCAGUGUUGUGGACAGCGAUGCGGACUUAUGCCCCAUAUGUCACUUUCCCAGUAGCUUUUGUUGUUGGAGCAGUGGGCUACCAUCUAGAGUGGUUUCUCACGGGACCACCUAAACCUCGAGAGGAGAGGGGCAUUCUAGAGCUGAGAGAAGAGAGGAAGCUGCAAGAGCAACUCGGUAAAGACAGCACCCAAGUACUGAGCCUAAAGGAGAAACUAGAGUUUACACCAAAAGCGGCUUUAAACAGAAACCGAUCAGAGGAGAGCUAACCCCCCGAACUUGGAUUCUGGUACAGGCUACUGGACGCUGAGGUGUUACACUGAUGAUGGACAAAGACUGAAUGGACCACGUUUCCAUCUUGACUUUAUGAGCUAUAGGACAGUGAAUUAGCAGUCAGAACUUGUGCUCCUGAAUUAGGUGUUCACUGUGGUUUGUGGCUUUCGUACUGUUUUAAUAUAAUUUUGUCAAUAUGCUUCAAAUCGAUAGUUAAACUUCAUAUUUACAGAUUGUUGAACACAUUCAAAUUUAGUUUUCAGGAUCAUCUUAAAACCUGGACCUUGAGAAACUGUUAUUGUUCUAGGAGAGUGUCGCCCAGCUUUAUAUAUGCCAAAGAUUCAAAUAUUGCAUUGAAAGUUUGUAUAUAUAGUGUCCUGCAGUACAACGCAACAAAUUUAUGUAUUGCAGAACUUUAAAUUUUGAUUAUAAAUGGCCAUGCAGACCUUAUUUAAUGGCCUUUUCAUUUUUCACUCUGUGCUUUGACUCCUAAAAUAUGAACAUGUUGUGUCUUUUACAUGACUAUGGCAUGUGAGGAUUUCCAUGUUUCAUACCAGUCAUAUGUUUCCUUUCAUUUCAGUGUACUUGGUAUUGUUCGCACAUGAUCGUGGACAUGAAAGUAAAGCCUGUUUGACAGGG